UAACUGCUGACUAGCGAUCUAGCUAGCUGCCGUGCCGACACAACCAGCUGAGAGGCAGCUACGGGAGGAGAACAGAGAAAAUGAGGUCCAGGAUUCAUAAUAAAAUGUGUUGGAGCCGGGCCCUUCUCACCGGCUGUGUUCUGCUGCUUGUCCAGUUGCUGUGUUUUGAGGCAGUGCCCAUCAGUAUGGAUAAGACAAAAGUCCAAGAGCCAGAGAAAAAAAUAGAAGAGCCUCCACCUAGUGUGGACACUGGACUCCACUACGACCGCUAUCUCAGGGAAGUCAUCGAUUUUCUUGAGAAAGAUCAGCAUUUCAGAGAAAAGCUCCACAAUACAGACAUGGAAGACAUCAAGCAAGGUAAGCUGGCCAAAGAGCUGGACUUUGUCAGCCAUCAUGUCCGAACCAAACUGGAUGAGCUGAAGCGGCAGGAGGUAAACAGACUCCGAACUCUGAUUAAGGCCAAGCAAGACCUUGAAGGAGGGAAUGACAUAGCCGUGGACCACCAGGCUCUGCUGAAACAGUUUGAGUAUUUGAACCACAUGAACCCACAUACAUUUGAAGUGGAUGACCUGGAUCGCCUCAUCAAAUCGGCCACUAAAGAUCUGGAGAACUUUGACAAAGAGAGACACGAGGAGUUCAAGAAGUAUGAAAUGAUGAAAGAGCACGACAGACGGGAACACCUGAAAGCACUAGACGAUGACGAAAGAAAAAAAGAGGAGGAGCACUAUGAGGACAUGAGGAAGAAGCAUGCUGACCACCCCAAAGUCAACCACCCGGGUAGCCAGAAUCAACUGAAGGAGGUGUGGGAGGAAGCUGAUGGCUUGGACCCUGAAGAUUUUGACCCAAAGACCUUUUUCAACCUGCAUGAUACCAAUGGAGAUGGCUUUUUUGAUGAACAGGAACUGGAGGCGUUGUUCACCAAAGAGCUGGAAAAAAUUUAUGACCCCACCAAUGAAGAGGAUGAUAUGGUGGAGAUGGAGGAAGAGAGGCUACGUAUGAGAGAGCAUGUUAUGAAUGAGGUGGAUUCUAACAAAGACAGGCUGGUCUCCAUGGAUGAGUUCCUGGUUGCUACAAAGAAAAAGGAAUUCUUGGAGCCAGAUAGCUGGGAGACCCUGGAGCAGAACCAGGCUUACACAGAUGAGGAGAUGAGGGAGUUUGAGGAGCAUCUUGUUCAGCAGGAACAGGACCUCAACCAGAAGGCUGAUGACAUCCAGAAACAGAGAGACGAGCUGGAGAGACAGCAGGAGCAGCUUAAUGCACAGAAAAUAGAGCUGCAACAGGCAGUUGAGCAUAUGGAAAGGCUGAAAACACAGAAAGUAGAACCCCCUCCAGAGGUUCACGUCGAAGGGAAUGCUAUCCCAGAGAUGCACGCAUUUGACAGCCAGUUGCAUCCUGAACAAGAGGCCCAACCACAAGGACAUCAACCUGCACCCCAAGAUCCUCAACAUGCACCUCAGGAACACUAUGAACAACAUCAAGACCUGGCCCAGCAGGGGCUCCCCCAGACACACCAGGAUCUGCCACCAGGCCACCAAGAAGCUGCACAAGGCCAGCAUCACCUGCCAUAACAGCGCUGUCAGAAAUUGAACCUCCACAACCAGACUUUUGCAGCGCCUCCACUCCAGCGCACAAAGGAGCAGUUCCUCCUCAGUAUUAGGCCUCUAACCAGCAUGACUUAGGGGUUUGGAGGACAUGUGAGAUGGAGAGCAGCAGCACAAAAGGAAUCCCUGCUGAAUGAUACCAAUGUUUGAUAAUAACUGUAAUCCUUGGAUUACAUAACGGAAUUACAAGAGUGAAAUGACGAACCAAGGACGUGCAUCCUGAAAUGAGCAUACCUACAUUUUCAAGAAGUGUUUGAUUACAUUAGAAAUGAUCAAGAAUGUUUGGAAAUACAAUUAUACAAAAAUAUAGAACCUCUAACAAUGAGAUACUACUGGCUCUACAGCCAGGUUUGAUAUGUACAUUGGAUAUGUACAUUGCAGCUGUUGAGGAAGAUAAGGUGUAAAAUUUAAAUUUCAUCAUUUAAGUUUAGAUUUUCUGACUUGACUAUCACGAUUAGAUACUCCCCAAAUGAGUUUACGUGCCAUUUGUGGUGAAAUGUGUUUCACUGGGCUGUAUCAAUUAUUUUAGAAAUUGAGUUCAAGAGACAUUUUUUAGAUUUUCUCUUAUUGCAUAAAGAGCAAAAAAAAGCACUAUAGCAAUUUUAACCAGUAUACAGCAUUUGAUACCCUAACCGGAAUCCAUUUUUUCACUCAAAAAGUAAAGAGUAAGGACUUCUUGAUGCAGAUGCAUACAGUUUUCUGUAAUCCUAAUCUACAAGGUCCAGUCAGAUCAAUUUUCUCCUCUUGCCACCGUCACCAAAUAUUAGGGUGAGGGUGUGUUUAACCAGAAACACCCUCAUGAAGCCGGAAUGCUCAGAGUUCUUAUACUUGUCAGGACUUACCAAUACUUUUGCUACUUUGUAAAUGUUGAUUAUGGUUGCUUUCAUAACCUGCCAGCUGUUUACCUACCUUAAACAUCAUCUUUUCAUGUGUGUAGUAAGAUUUUCUGAGAGAAAAUGUGUGCUCCGCCUAAAUACUUUGGGUACAGGAUUUCAGGAACUGGCCAUUUUUGGGCCACACUGCAGAUGCUCUUCUUGGACUUUGAUCAAAAUAAUCAAAAAUAAAGGUGCUAGGUUCUUUAAAUAAAUGUAAGUGUGGAACAUCUCUCCAUUCAAUACAUAUUUCCCUACUUUAUUACAGCCCAAAGUCCUGCAGAUGCUUGUUUUAGGUUACCACUGAAAUAAUAAAUUUGCUUUGGUACACGUAACAGUAGGAUGGGCAGUAAAAUGUUGGUCCAUUGUUAAUGUGACAUGUUUAUAUAUGAGUUAAUCAUGAUUUUUAAAUUUGUCUUAAUAUAACAGUUUGCUGAUUAAAGGUGUAGACGUUCACGCUAGUCUUUCAUCACAAUUUUCUGCACCAAAGUAUUUUGUUGAAGCAACUGCUGGAUUUGGUAAAUUAGUUUAGUUAAAGAUUUUAUUAGAAAGGGCAAAGCUUAGUUGGUAAGAGCCAAGUCUGAUAUUACCACUGUCUUUUUGUCUGUUUAAUAUUGUCCGUUAAAGUCAAAGUGAUACCAUAAAAACCUCUGAAUCUGUAUUCAGUUCACAUCAUUAUAUUUGGCACCAGAUAGUGUAAUAUUUGGUCCUAUUUUAAAAUACCUGGCAUGGCCUUAUCUUUUUAGUCUAAGGACAUGGCAUAUUUUUCCUACAAAUGACCAGUUUGAUGUAACUGCUGUGCUAUCCAGGUUGCUUUUUUCAUGUAAUGUGGUUUCUUCUAGAUGGCAGACUGUGGCCAUAGCAAACAGGUGUUAACUUAUUGCCACUUUUUACUGAAGGCGGCUUCAUUGACAUAACAUGUCUGCCUUAUUGUGCUUUUACUUUAGACAAAAAUCUAGAUAUGGAAUACAUUUGUUUUCUGUGUGUCAAGUGUUCCUUAAAAACAAUACUGCAUCAUAAUUUGCACAAAAUGUACAGAUUGUUUUCCAAUUGGUUGCUGCUGGAUAAAAUAAUCACUUAACAAUACUGUACUCCUCAGUUCAACAUAAUAAAACAGUUAUGAACUUUCA